AUGGAUUCAUUCCGAUACACCCCAUUUCCCAGCCUAAACUAUGGCACAGAGCCGGUCCCGUCACAAGGCUCUGCGACUUGGAAGCUAGACGGCAUCAUCGAUAUCGACCGCCUGGUUCUCGCAUGGGCAUCUAUAUUAAGUCGUUUGAGCGAAGAAGAAUCCCCGGUUAUCCAAGUUGAUGGAGCUGCCGCCAGAGUAUGUCUCGAAAGUAGCAGAAUAGAGAAUGUCCAGGUUGAAAAACUGGACUCUGAUUUGGGCUAUUAUACCAGCAUAGUCACCACGGACACCCCUAUUACCAGUGAACAAUGUCAGCUAGAAGUCAGAUAUACCCCAAACCAGCUAAAUGGGUCAAUAAUAUCUAGAGGAUGCAUGAGUGUCAAGUACUUGAAUCAGGUUGCUAGAAAGCUGGAAAGUCUUUUGCGGGAACCUCUUCAACUCUCAAUAGUCAACUCAACCCCUUUGGUCUUACCUGGCCCUCAGCUUUUCCAUGAAAUGGUUCGUCGCACUGGUCGUGAGCCUGCAAUCUCGUUUCUCAAUGAAAACAGCGAAGUGGAAGAUUUAACUUACGAGAACCUUCAUUCUCUUUCGGAGCAACUGGCAUCUCACCUGGUACAUACUCUAGCAUCUCUUCCCGCCUCAGGAGAGCAUGGACGAAUCAUACCUGUAUUUCUCCCCCAAUCCCUAGAUCUCUACGUGGCGUGGCUGGCGAUAUUAAAGGCCGAUGAAGAUCUGGCAUAUGCAUGUCACUUCUGGCUCUACAGGAUUACCAAAAGAAGUGGGAAUAUCCACAAUGCUGCUGUGCAGGCGUUGCUAGCACAUGACGAGAUAAUCCCUAGUUUCAGGAGAUUCCUUCAAUUUGCGGCCCCAACAUUCGACGUAUCUGUGUUCGAGAUAUUCUUCCCGCUGUUCAGGGGUGUAACCCUCGUUGGCUGCAACAGACGUUUAAUGCUAAACGAUCUCCCUGGUAUCAUCAACCAACUGAACAUCGACGCCGCUGAACUUACUCCUACGGUCUGUGGAGAACUUCUCCGAUUUCGAGAUGCUGUGCCGUGUCUUAAACUUUUGUUGACAAUCGGCGAGAUGUUGACAAGACAUGUUGUCGAUGAGUUCGGUUCCUCAGAGGGUAGGCCUGCAUUAUUGCAUGGAAUGUACGGGCCGACGGAAGCCACUAUCCACUGCACAGCUGUCUCUUCAAUUCGAGCAGGCUCGAUUGUUGGGAAUAUUGGCACUCCUUUCAAAACCGUCUCUGCUUUUAUCAUUUCUUUGGACCACAAAGUUGGCCAGGAACCUGAGAUACUUCCUAUUGGCCACGUCGGUGAGCUUGUAGUCGGAGGUCCACAACUCGCGAGGUACUAUCUUAAUCGACCAACCGAGAAUCGAAAUGCAUUUAUUGACUCUAACGUGUAUGGGCGUUUAUACCGGACCGGAGACAAAGCUCGACUACACCCCAAUGGUGAAAUCCAAUGCAUGGGCCGUAUAUCAGCGGGGCAGGUCAAGCUUAGAGGCCAACGAAUUGAGCUAGGGGAAAUUGAAAACGUGCUCUUGAAGGGUGAAUACGUUAGAAAUGCAGCCGUCUGUGUCAUUCAAGGAGUACUCGUCGCUUUCCUCUCAGCGGAUGUCGAACGCUGUACUUCUAAAGAUCUGCAGUCAACCUGCCGACGAUCGCUUCCAAAAUUCAUGAUCCCUGGGAACUUCGUCAUCCUCGAUGAGUUGCCGCGUCUCCCAUCUGGUAAAAUAGACAGAAAGAAUCUACAGGCAGAAUAUAUUCUGUCGAAGGGUGUCGAUCAAACUGACCUAGCCAAACCCGCAAGUGAAGUUGAACAGAAGAUCGCUGCAGCCUUGAAAUUGCUUUUGGGGUCAUACAUCUCUUCAACGGCAAGUCUUGCGUCAGCUGGCCUUGAUUCCCUAAGGGCUAUCAACCUUGCAUCCUCUUUACGGAAAGAAGGGGUUUCCCUGAAUGCCUUGGAUAUCCUAGAAGCCGACUCUAUCCACAAGAUGGCUGCCCUUGUCUCAAAGCUAGAGCCUGAGACGGCUGUGAUUUCCAUUGAAGGCGAGCCAUUAGAGGUCUGGAAUAUGAUAAGCCAGCAGGGGCUAAAAAUGCUGAAACUUACUGAGUAUUCUCAGCAACCAAGCGAUAUGAUUCCGUGCAGCCCUAUACAAAUUGGAAUGCUUUUGGAAACGAAACUGAAUCCAAAGGCUUAUUUUAAUUCAAUUGAACUGCAAUUCGAUCGUGGUAUUUCUCUACAAGAUGUCAAAAGUGCAUUUUUCAAUGUUGCUUUACAAAAUGAAGUUUUGCGGUCAGGGUUUAUUGAAAUAGAUUUUCCUGGUUUCCCCUAUGGCCAAGUCAUCUGGGAAAACCUCCAUCCUGACCAAAUCAGAGAAUCCAAAAAUUUUGACUAUAACUUGGAGCUGCAGAAUCAAUGGGAUAUUUUACACCCAUUUAGAGUUCAACUAUGCCUUAUUGAUGGACAGCUCAGGGCAUUGGUUCACAUCCACCAUUCACUGUAUGAUGGCUGGUCUUGGGAUCAGAUAAUGCUGGACUUGGUCUCGGCACUACAGAAUAAACAACUAACUCAGCGACCACAAUACCGACUCUUCACCCUUUUCCACAUAAAAAAUAACUCCUCCGAGCUCCGGGAGCAAGCUUUGGAUUACUGGCAGUCUCAUCUUCAGGAUUGUACCCCUUGCCUAUGGCCUAAUUUCCAGGAUAGAUCUGAUCUCCCAAAAGUUACCAAGGUUAUUGAACGUCAACUCAACAUUGGCCUGGACCAGCUCGAUUCUCUCGUUCGGGAUUUCCGAGUAAGCCGACAGGUCAUCUUUCAGGCAGCCAUUGGAUACCUACUCUCAGCUUACAAUGGCACCUCGGACAUUAUUCUUGGGAAUGUCUCUGCCGGCCGAACCCUUCCUUUAGAAGGCAUUGAAAGCAUUGUCGGACCUUGCAUCUCAACACUUCCAUUGAGAUUUGAUCUCCAAAAAGCUCGAACCAUCCGCGACCUCAUUGCAAUCCUUCAUGGCUUAAAUAGGAAGUCUCUUGCUCACGGGUUUGUCCCUCUUCGAGACAUAAAACAAAUCUCCGGAAUCAAUAUGGUUGAUCAGCUAUUUGAUACCCUGUUUGUUUGGCAAGAUAACAUCAACACCACCUGUGGUCCAAUAACCCAAGUGUCGUCAAGGGAUUUCCUCGAAUUCACAUUGACUACUGAGCUUGGAAUUUUAGAUGGCAAAAUACAAGCAAAGGCGACUUUUGACGAAUCCGUCCUCCCCGAAAGCCAGUCUCUGCUUUCAACAGAAAAUGCUUUACCGACAUCCCUGAAAUCUGCACUUGGCCUUUAUGAUACCAUUGAAGAGAUUGCUAAGACAGACCCAGAGAGGAUAGCUGUUGAAUUUCUAGACUCUGUAGACCCGGAAACAGGAGACAAAUCUACUCAACUAUUGACAUACUCCGAAUUGGAUACAAAAUCCAGCAGGCUUGCUAGUCAGCUUCGAACCCUCGGUGUUAUUGAAGGUGACCUGGUUGCAAUAUAUCUUGAGAAAUCGCUCGAGCUUUACAUCUCUAUUCUCGCUGUUAUUAAAGCAGGGGCUGGAUAUGUUCCACUGACACCACAAAUGCCAAGCAUGCGCGUGAAGCACAUUAUUCAAGAUGCAAGAUGUCGAAUUUGCAUCACGGAUGAUGAAAUUUCGACCCAACUAUCAGAUCUCCCCAGCACUAUGAUAAUAUUGGCCAAAAACCACAUUUCAGAGGAAAGUAUUCUAUGUGAACUUCCAAAAACUCCUGGAUCUUGCCCGGCAUAUGCAGUAUUUACAUCAGGGACUACUGGCACACCAAAAGGUGUCCUUGUUUCGCGCUUUAACCUGGAGAUAUCUGUUUUCGAGAUAUUUUUCACCUGGAGUAGAGGAAUGGCGUUAUGCUCUGCAAAGAAUGAUGUACUGUUCAGGGACAUUGAACAUGCAAUCCGUAUCUUGCGCAUUACUCACCUUAGCAUGACUCCAACUGUUGCUGCACUUGUAAGGGCGAAUAACGUACCUCUAGUCAAAUUUCUCGUCACUGCGGGUGAAGCAAUGACCCCGAAAGUUCUCAUGGAUUGGGCAGGGAAAGGUCUAUGGCAAGGUAAAGGCCUUCUGCGAGGCUACGGUCCAAGUGAAACCACCAAUAUUUGCACGGUCAGACCAAAUAUGUGUGAGUCUCACUUUAUAAGCAAUAUUGGGAAGCCUUUCGUGAACACGUCUGCUUUCGUACUUGCAGAAGGAGAAGGGUUUUCUCCUGUCCCGCGAGGCGCUGUUGGCGAGCUAUGCUUUGGUGGGGAUCAAGUGGCCAUUGGAUAUCUAAACUUGGAAGAAAUUACACGGCGGAAGUUCUUUGUUCAUGAAAAAUAUGGGCGAAUAUACAAAAGUGGUGACUAUGGAAGACUUCUUGCCGAUGGCUCACUCGCGUUCACGGGCCGCCGCGAUGACCUAGUAAAAAUUCGAGGCCAGCGUAUUGAACUGGGUGAAAUUACUAGUGUUCUGAUGGCCAAUGAAAAUGUUAAAGAUUGUGCAACAAUCGUAUGCGACGGCAACAAUGGCAGCAGCAAGCAGUUGAUAUCGUUCUGGGUCCCUGAUGAUAUCAAUAUUGACCAACUGGGCCAGCGUGAAAACUCUCAUGUCUUCCAGCAGCUUUUUGACCAUAUAGGCGAUCGUUUGCCUAGUUACAUGGUUCCGUCCUUCCUCAUACCGAUAAGUCAUAUUCCCAUGACAACCAUUGGAAGGAAAAUUGAUAAGGAAGUCUUGAGGUCUAUAUACCUGAGCACCCAUCCAACACUUCUUGAUGCGUAUUCGCGUGGGGAAGAAGAAGAACAUACUCAGGAAAGUCUGACCGACAAUGAAUCCAAAGUCGUGGACCUCGUUGCACAAGUUACUGGAGCCUCUACGAGAGAAAUCGGGCGGCAUACGUCCUUUUACCGACUAGGUUUCGACUCAGUGGUAGCAAUCGCCCUCUCCAGGCAGCUAAAACUUGCCGGUUUUGGGCAGAUUGACGUUUCUGUCAUUAUGAAAAACGAUUCCGUGGCUCGACUUGCAAGAAAGACAUUGCAGAACCUUGAAGCUCAGGCUCCAAAAUUACAGUCCAUUCCAAUAUUUGAUCAUCUUUUCAACCCUGACCUAAUAAGGAAAAUCAAGGACGAAGCCAUUUCGCACGGGGUAAAUGUCGAGAAGAUUUUGCCAUGUACCUCCUUACAAGAAGGCAUGCUUUCAGGUAUAGCAACUGGAAAUGAUGCGUCAUACUAUAACCAUUUGAUUUUUGAAAUCAACACCAGCGCCGAGGCCAUGAAGACGGCAUGGAUAAAUAUGGUUGCAAGGCAUGGCAUGCUAAGAACCUGGUUCCGACAAACUGAUGAUGCCCGGUUUGCAUUCGUUCAAGUCGUACUAAAGCAGCUUGACAUUACGUGGCAAUCUAUUGAAUGCCCAAUUGCCGAUGCACCCUCGACCUUUGAAAGAAUCAAGUCUACAGUCGCUGUCAAGGAGGGCCCGCAUUCGCUCUGCUCGUUUACUGUCGUACAGUGUGUUGAUUCUUCAAAAACAUUUUUACUUUUGGCUAUACAUCAUGCGCUAUAUGACGGUGAAGCAAUGGAAGUCCUCUUGCGGGAGGUUCAGGAGAGUUUGCUUGCGCAUCAACUUCCACCAGUCGUCCCUUUCGAUCUCUAUCUUCAUGAGAUGAUCAGGGCCAACAAUGAUUCAACAGACCGGUUCUGGAGCGAUUACUUGAAAGAUUUUACUCCUACAUUAUUUACACCACCGUCCUCCUUAGCUAAGGGAAGUCUAAAAAUAUGUCGAUCAACUUCUCAUAUACCAAGCACAAGCCUUACUGAGAUUAGGAAUGCCUGCAAAAGCUCUUCUGUGACCACUCUAAGCUUACUACAGGCAGCCUGGAGUAGACUGAUAUGCUUCCUUUCUGGUGCGUCUGAUAUCUGUUUCGGAGACGUAGUCAACUGCAGAAGUAUACCUAUCGAAGGGGCAGAAAGAAUAGUCGGUCCAUGCUUCAACACAUUGCCCGUCAGGAUAAGCAUGAAUCAGAAUAUGACGAAUAUGGACUUGAUGAAGAACUUGCAAUCUAACAGGUUGGCCACCCUUCCAUAUCAACUCAGUUCAAUGAGACGCCUUCAGUCGCGCUUCGGUCAGCGUGGCCUAAAGAUCUUCGAUUCAUUGCUCCUUCUACAAGGAAGGCCCCUGCAGUUGAACGAGUCUUUGUGGACAAUGGUCUCCGAAAGUGGCGCGAUGGACUUCCCUGUCAUAUUUGAGAUUGUACCUGACCUAGAAGGUGAUGCUGUGCAAUUCAUUUUCCACUUUGAUGAGGGCCUUGUACCGAGAACGGAUAUAGAUACCAUCAUUGCAUGUUACUCUGCCAUCCUAAACCAUACACUUUGCUUCCCAGAGGCUAGGGUGAUGGAUUUCUCCUUAGUUGAAUUGGCCGGGCACGUUUCUGGAGUCCUCAGUGUCUUCAGCAAAUUAGGGGAUGUAAAUGGUGACCAUAAGUCAGACGAACGCGACAAAUUUGGAAUAUGGGAUACGGAGAGCCUCCAAAUUCGGGACCUGCUUUCCACGAUGUCAAAAGUUGAUAAAAAACGCAUCGAGAUGGACACGACAAUUUUCGAGCUGGGGCUUGACAGUAUCAACGCGAUCCAGAUCGCUGGUCACUUCAGGAAAGUUGGAUAUGAAAUUUCGGCGGCUGAUAUUCUAGAGGCGAGUUUUCCUAUAUAG